AUGUCCGACACAAAGGAUCCCCUCCUCGCCCAAAACAAUGAGCCCAACGAUCCCCCGCCAGCCUACGACGCUCAAUCAAAGCACGGCCGCGGGGCACCGCUCCCCCGCCCACCACCUCUCGCCCUCCCAGUGCUCAACGACCUCCGCUCCAGAAGGGUAAUUCUGGCCUCACAAUCGCCGCGCCGAAGACAAAUUGUUUCCUUCCUGGGCCUUCCAAACAUCGAAAUCAUCCCCUCCAACGCAGAAGAGAACCUCCCGAAAGAACUCGGCGCGUUCGAAUACGUCCUCGCCACAGCAACUAAAAAGGCCCAGGCAGUGUACUCCCAAGAAGUGGAUAAUGAGGAAAAGGGCGAGCCGGCUCUCAUUCUCGCGGCCGACACCGUCGUCGUCGAUACGGUCAAGGGCACCAUCCUCGAGAAACCCCGUUCAGAAGCCCAUCAUGUCUCCAUGCUGCGGGCGCUGCGCGAUGCGCGCGAUCACAAGGUCUACACGGCUCUGGUAGCCAUGGCCCCGUUGGCAAGUGCACGGCAGCCUGGGUAUGCGAUCGAGACGCAUGUCGAAGAGACCGCUGUGCGAUUUGACCCGGACUUGUCGGAUGAUUUGAUUCUAGCUUAUGUGCGGACACGCGAGGGCGCGGAUAAGGCCGGUGGGUAUGGAUUACAGGGCUUAGGGUCGAUUCUUGUGGAGAAGGUGGAUGGUUCUUACGAUAAUGUCAUUGGAAUGCCGCUUAAGGCGACGUUGGGGAUCAUUGAGGCUGUUAUGAAGAAGGCCGAUGACGAAGAUCGGUUGGAGGGGGAUCCACUUCUUGAGGUGGAUGAGGAUGAGCUGGAGUAA